UUUCGCUGAAUAGCAUCUGAAAUUUAUGAACGUGUGGUAGGGCACCUUAACUUAUACUGUACGGAACAUGUAGUACUCAGUAUAAAUUUUUUCCAGUUCUGAUCUUCAAUAAAAAGGAAAAAGUUUACUAUAUCUGAGUUGCUUUAUUAGUCUUUAGCACCUUGUUGCAAAACGGACAAAAUUUUGCCUGAACGUUUGUAGUAAAUACAGUUUUGCUGAACAUAGAUGCAUAAGUAUUUUUGAUAAUUUUAGAAAUGUGAAAUUGCCUUUGUUGAAGUGCGCAAUGCAUAUUAUGUUACUAUCUCCUUUCAAGUAUACAAGUCCCAUCUUCAAAAAUCACAUUUAUGAGACACGAGGACAAAGAUAAUAAUUAAAGCUCUUGUUGAUAUUUUCAAUAGAAGGGGUAUUUUUGUGGUAAAAAAAAGAUAAUAAUUAAAGCAUGACAAAAUGUCGUCAAUUAAUCCAUUUGCCAUUAUAUAUGAGCAUAGAGAUGUUGUAUUUAGGAAUAAUACAUUUGCUAACUUCUAUAAAAUUUUUUGAAGCAUGUAAGAUUUCAAGAUCAGAAUAAAGUAAAUUCACUUGAAGAAAAAUAUAGUUGGCGAUAUAUCCACUGCAAAAAAAUCUUAGUUCCAUGCAAACUUACAAACUAUCCCAGUGGAUCAUCGGUUCUUAAACGUGCUACGUAAAUCAAAAGUCGGAAUUAACCAUUACCAAGUGUAGGAUAAUUAUAAGGGGUAUGUGAAAACAUGUUUAAGUGUGUGUUUUGAUUUCCACCUUUGAUCUGCACCACAUAAUUUUAAUCGGAUGGUCCAUGCGAGUAGUUUGUAAGUUUGUGUUGGAUACUUGCCUAUUACAACCAAUCAACUUGCACCGGUUAAAGGGACAUUUUUGCACAAAAAAUUGCCUUGUAGCUUAAUUUAGAUACAAGUCUUGUAGUACCUCAUUUUUAAGUAUAAGAUGUUACAACUUUGUAAUAAGUCAAACCUCUUAAAAUUUUACUAUGUUUAUAAAAUACUGUAAUAAUAUUAUAGUAUCAAAUAAGUAUAUUAUCAAAAAUCAUGAUGGAUUUAAUAAAACUUUAUUUUCGAAAAGGAGGAUAACUUCCGGCCUCUGCAUCGGUUGAUGCACACAACCAUAGGAUUUAAUAAAACUAAUUUGAAGUUGUAGUUAUUAGUAGUUUUGUUUAUAAACUUGGUCAAAUUUUACGAAGUUCGACUUGAGUACGAAGUUAGGACAAUCUAUAUUUAGCAACAAAGGAAGUAUUCCCUCCGUCCCAUAUUAAGUGUCGAAAUAUUACAUGUAUCUGGAUGUUUUCUAGACAUAGAUACAUCCAUACUUAGACAAAUUUGAGACACUUAAUAUGGGACGGAGGGAGUACAUCUUUGCUAUGAAACCGUCAAGAAGAUGAAAAUACCCAUAAAGACAACAUGAUAGUUAGACUAUGAGCCAGUUCCAAUAAAAGCCUGAUGAUAGUCUUUCCCGGAUUUGAACUAUGAACACAAACAGAUGGAAAUAAGAGAGAGGAUGCUUAUGGAGAUUAGAGAGUAGAGGAUGUGUUAGGAGACUGGGAAAGGGAGGAUUAUGGAUUGUUAUUCCAACUGACAUGUUUGUCUUAGUUAGAGAAGAUAAGAAUUUGGUAUUUGGAAGAAUGAAUGUACCGCCACCAACCGCAAACUUUAUAAGUAAAAAAAGGUUGCACGUAAUUUUGUGAAACCUCAAAGGUUAGGAGUUUGCACAUAAACAUACACCAAAAAGUGACACACAUCUAACCUUCCUCCUCUUAAUCUUAAAUCAGACAAUAAAGCAAUUGGCAUUGCAAAGCAUUGAUUUGGAGUCAACUGAAAGCCAAUGUCAACACGAAUGCAUAGACAAUGAAUGCAAACAAUCCAAUUAUAGGCAGCAUCGUUGCGACCAUCUUCUGGUCCUAGCUUCCCUCCCGGCCGCCCACAUCCCGCAUGCAUUUCCACCAUGUUUAUCCCUUGUCCUCUUCACCUUACACUCCCGUUUCCCCGCCAUUUUCAUGGUGGGCCCCCUCCCUUCCUAAACCCGUCCCUACCAUUGCCAGGGACCAGGGUGGCCACCGUCCCCUUCCCCUGUUCCGUGCCGGCGUUGUCGCCAUUGCUGGCUAGCGCCCUUGCCUUGCCGGCGGCAACCACUCCGGCCACCCUUACGUAAUACGUACGCUCCUUCAAUUUAUAUCGUCUCGCCAGCUCCGCUACGCUCCGGCGGCCGGACAGACGGACGUACAUACACACGAUGCCUCCUCCAGCAGCCGGCUGCGUCGUCGCCGCCAUUGUUGCGCUCCUCGUCCUGCUCGGAGGAGACGAGGUGACCGGCAUCCGCGUGGACGCCGCCAUGAUGAUCCGGCAGCCGUCCGAGUCCGUCCCCGCCACGUUCCGCGAGGCCCCGGCCUUCCGCAACGGCGCCGAGUGCGCCGGCGCCGGCAGCGAGAAGGUGAACGUGGCCAUGACGCUGGACGCCAACUACCUCCGCGGCACCAUGGCCGGCGUGCUCUCCAUCCUCCAGCACACGGCGUGCCCCGAGAGCGUGGCGUUCCACUUCCUCGCCACCCGGAUGGACGGCGACCUGGUGGGCAUGGUGCGCGCCACCUUCCCGUACCUGGACCUCCGCGUGUACCGCUUCGACCCGUCCCGGGUCCGGGGCCGGAUCUCCCGCUCCAUCCGCCACGCCCUCGACCAGCCGCUCAACUACGCCCGGAUCUACCUCGCCGACACGCUGCCCCCCGACGUGCGCCGUGUCAUCUACCUCGACUCCGACGUCAUCGUCGUCGACGACAUCCGAACACUCUUCUCCGUCGACCUGGGCGGCCACGUCGUCGGCGCGCCCGAGUACUGCCACGCCAACUUCACCAACUACUUCACCGACGCCUUCUGGACGGACCCGGCGCUCAGCGGCACCUUCCGGGGCCGCCGCCCUUGCUACUUCAACACGGGCGUCAUGGUGAUGGACGUCGACAGGUGGCGCAACGGCGGCUACACGAGGCGGGUGGAAGGCUGGAUGGCCGUGCAGAAGCAGAAGAGGAUCUACCACCUCGGCUCGCUGCCGCCGUUCCUGCUGGUGCUCGCCGGGGACAUCCAGGCCGUCGAUCACCGGUGGAACCAGCACGGGCUCGGCGGCGACAACGUCAAGGGCCGGUGCCGAGGCCUGCACCCGGGGCCCAUCAGCCUGCUGCACUGGAGCGGCAAGGGCAAGCCGUGGCACCGGCUCGAUGCGCGGCGGCCGUGCGCCGUCGACUACCUCUGGGCGCCCUACGAUCUCUACCGGCCGUCGUCGCCGGUGCUCGAGGAGUGAGCAGCACCUACACCAUACAAUCAGAAAAAAGAGCUAAAGUAAUCAUCAUCAAUCACUCAGUUUCUGCAGAACAGACAUGCAUGCAUGCGUGCAAAAAGCAAAAUUACACGAUGGAUCAUCUCCAUGCAUGCAUGUAUGUCAAAUGCAUCUCUUCCUAUCACGUACGCACGUUAAAAAUGUGCAUCAAACAAGGUUGAAGAAAUGGUGGUGGUACGUACGUACGUAGAAGAAGAGAAUCGGUGCUGUUUCUUGGGGUCUAGCUUGAUUUGGGAGGUUAAAUUGAGGCAAAUUGUGCUUCUUGGUUAUCGAUCUCCCUUUGGGUGGGUUCUUGUUUAAUUUGUUCUGCUCAUCGUCGUUUUGUAUAGGCCAUUCUGUAAUGUGUAAAGAUUAGUGUGCACGGUGGGAGGUGAGGGAAAUUGACUCUCAAAAAUGUAUGUAUACCGCUGUGUAUAUAUUAUCAGUUUAUAUUUAUACAAGGACAGAUCGCUUCAAAAUUAAACAAA